AUGGCAGAAGAGAACCAAAUCGAUGUUCCUGAGGAGGUCACUCCACCAAUUCUGGCUCAUUCUCAACCACCCUUGACACAUGCCCCGCCACCUCUAACUCCCAUAGGCAUACCAUCGGCGUACUCAGGUGCUCCCUCGGUACAUCUCCCACCGCGGGCAUCUUCAGGCACGCCCCUGGUGUACUCAGGGGCACCCCUUCCACAAGUCCCACCACCAGCAGUGCAAGCAUCAUCUACCUUCGACGACCAUGCGCGCAUUGCAGUACUUGAAGGCACGGUUAACCAACUAGCUGCUAACAUGGCCACUAACAUGGCCGAACUAUUUGCUCUAUUUAGGGGGCCAAAUCGUGCUUCAUCGAGCUCCACCCCACCUUCAGGGCAAGAGCCAAUGGUCGACCCCACCCCUUGGAUCCCGCCGACCCAUGCUCCAGAAAGCGUUGAUGCGCCCGCCCUACCAACAACACACGCGUCGGCGGUUUACCCGGUUACUAUUUCUCUGCCGCCGCCACCGGCCCCUACAACCGUCCCUCUUCCACUGGCGGCAUUCUUGACAUCGGACCAGACCAUGUCUGCGCCACCGCCUGUUUCCAUGCCGGUCCCGGCCCCUAUCUAUACCGCUCCCCCGCCGAUGGUCUUCCCGGCAUCGACGACCUUUGCUCCUGCUCACAUCACUGAAUCCUUCCCUUUCCCAACUCCACAACCGAAUAUUAGCCUCCCCUACCAUGCUCCACCGCCCCUGAACAUCCCAUUCCCUGAAUCGGGCACACCGAUCCAUGCGGCCCCCGUGGCUCCACUCAUGAACUUUCUCCUGCAAGAGGAGACAGAGCAAGAGCGUAGGAUGAAGAAGAUGGAGGAAACGAUAAAGGCCCUACAAGUAAAGGAGACCCACCCCAACAUGGGCUAUGGUGACUGGAGCCUCUUCCCGGGCAUGCGUCUACCCCCAAAGUUUAAGAUCCUCGAAUUCACGACGUAUGAGGGUACAAAAGACCCCCGACACCACCUCCGUCACUACCGGGGAAAAAUGCUGCAAUACUGGGAUUACGAGGAGUUCAUCAUCCAUACAUUCUAG